GCAUCGGAUCGUAUUGUCGUAUCCACGAACAUGGCGUUCUUCCUACGACGCCCCUUUGCCGUUCCGACGGCUCUCCGUCAGGUGCCUAAAUCCGCGAACACCGCUCGCUUCAUCCACAACUCUCCGUUCAAGCCCGCUCAACCGAAGCCUAGUUUCGCUUCUUCCUCUAUCUUCGCCAAAUCCAGGCAGACUUUCCAAAAUGCAUUCCGUCGCCCUUACAUGCAGCAAACCGCCAACGCUUCGCAGGGCGACUUGACCCAGAAGCUGAUCUAUGGCGCAGCUAUCGUCGGUGGAACUAUCAUGGCAACGAACUUCAUCUUCAACCGCGAAACUCGGGAAGACGGCGGAAUGCCGCCGUUUGAACGGGCGUAUCUAAAUGAAACCUUUAUGCACACUGGACUUGGUGUCGGGAUUAUUGGUAUUGCUGCUAGAGCUCUGCACACUAGCGGAUGGACUUAUCGCCUCAUGGCCACCAACCCAUGGCUUGUUGCUGGUGUUGGACUGGUGGCUAGCAUGGGAACCAUGUUCGGAACUUACUACACUUCGCCUAACAACUACAUUCAGAAGUACGCUCUCUGGGCUGGUUUCAACGUCACCCAGGCUGCUCUCCUCGCACCCCUGAUGUUCAUGCACCCAGCUAUCCUCGCCCGCGCAGGUCUCUACACUGUUGGCAUGAUGGGUUCGAUCGCUUUCGUUGGCGCCACCGCUAAGCAGGAGAAGUAUCUGUAUCUGGGUGCUCCUCUCCUUGCCGGUGUAACUAUCGUUGCUCUCUCCGGAUUUGCUCCCCUCGUCCUUCCCGCCACCGCCACCCGUGCCCUGAUGUGGUCUGAGAAUAUCUGGCUGUAUGGUGGUCUCGCUGUCUUUGGAGGCUUCACUCUCUACGACGUGCAAAAGGUUCUGCACCACGCCCGUAUGUCUGAGCGCGGACUCCUUCAGAAGGAUGUCGUCAAUGAGUCUAUAAGCCUCGAGCUGGACUUCAUCAACAUCUUCAUCCGUAUGGUGCAGAUCCUGGCCAUGAGAAACAACAACCGAAGGUAAAUUCGAUCUGGAAUUUACUAGGAUUUCUCCCGCAAUUAUUAUAAACGCCCUACUUGGGUCGGAUAUUUGUACUAGUUAUUUGCUCGGGAAUAUGGCGCAUUUGUUCUUUCCAUGUUCAUAUUUUCUCUGAUUGAAUUCUGCUAUUAGCGCAUAUUGUCCGUGCGCCUUUGAGUUGUUGGAUAGCAUCUCCGCUCAAAAUAGUAGGGGAAAAAAGAAUGAAAAAAAUGAGAAAAUAUAUUGUGAUAUAUCUCACUCUUGCGGUCAACUUUAUCGUAGCCUGGAAAAAGCAGAUUGACGCUCAUCAUGACAACUAACACAUUGCAAACGAAAUAAGCCCUAAUAACGCCCAAACCAAUGCCACACCCGUUCCCCCAACCACUACACUGCUACCCACCACCCCUCCUGACUCCUUAUCAUCCCCAGAUUCUGGCGAAUAAGUCUUAUUAACAAAAUCCAUAUAAGUAACCUUCUCCCUCGCAUACCCACAAAGCCCACUCCCUCUCAUUAACGCCUCCGGAAACAACACUCUCGGCUCCCCUUUAUCCAUAUCAAGCCUCAGUUCCCCCAUAUCAUUCACUGUCCAAGUCCGACAACUAAAUACAUCCCUCGCGACAACACUUGGCUGGAAUCCAUUCAUCAUGCGGAUCGUGUAAGCCCCGCUAUUGCUCCCCUGCGUUGAGAGAACCAUGAUAAUCUGCCUGCCCUCACGGCCCUUGCGGAAGGCCAUUUCAGAGGAUCCGCGGUAGACAGGGUAUGUGUUGUAAUUUAUGUAGUAGUCAGGGUCGAUCUGGAUGGCGUGUUUGCGGAUUGUGUUCA